ACGCUCUGCACAAUCACCCUUAGCAAUGGCUCUUAAUUCUACCCCUUUCUCUGCUUUGAACUUCUGCUUGAAAUCUAAGCCUACCCAUCACAUUAAGCAUUCCACCAAGUCAUUCUCCGCAUUAGGUAGAAAAUGUGUGAGUAGUCCGAUAAUGAAUAAGGCCUUGCCCUCCACUAAUGUUGAAGGUGUCACUCGCCGCACAGCCAACUUCCAUCCCAAUUUGUGGGAAGACGAUUUUAUACAAUCUCUCCCAAACCUGCCUUAUGAUGCUCCUCACUAUCGUGAGCGUGCUGAUGGACUUGUUGCGGAGGUCAAAGACAUGUUCAAUGCAGUGGGUGCUGCAGAUUCUUGUGCAGAAAAUAUUUAUAAACGCCUUGAAAUGGUGGAUAAUGUUGAACGCUUCGGAAUUGGGAGGCACUUUCAAAAGGAAAUAGCAGAAGCACUUGAUUAUGUUUACAGGUUUUGGAACGAGAGCAGUAAAGAUCUGAAUACUGCAGCUUUGGGACUUCGAGUCCUUCGACUACACAGAUAUCCCGUUUCUUCAGAUGUGUUGGAACAAUUUAAAGAGAAGGAUGGACAGUUCAUACGUUCCACCAGUCAAACAGAGGAGGAGAUCAAAAGUAUUGUAAACUUAUUUCGAGCUUCAUUGAUUUCCUUCCCAGAGGAGACAAUAAUGGACGAGGCUAAAGCCUUUUCUACCAUGUACUUAAAUCAAGUAUUAGAGAAGACUGAUAUUAUCAGUGCCAAUCUUUUACAAGAGAUAAGAUUUAAUCUGGAGUAUGGAUGGUUCUCGAAUCUACCAGGAUUGGAAGCAAGGCAUUAUAUGGACAUUUACGGAGAAAAUUGCUCAUGGGUCAAGAAGGUGGAUAAUAAAAAGAUUUUAGGUUUAGCUAAACUGGAUUUUAACAUUAAUCAAUCAUUGCAUCGGUCAGAGCUUCAGAUCGUUUCUAGGUGGUGGAAAGAGUCGGGUUUAUGUAAAUUUGACUUCAUGCGUCAUAGACAUGUAGAAUAUUUCUUUGCAGGGUGUGCAAUUACUUCAGAACCUAAAAAUUCUACUUUUAGAAUUAUUUUUGCAAAAUGUGUUGCUCUUACAUCAUUAAUUGAUGAUCUUUAUGAUACUCAUGGAACUCUUGACGAGCUUAAACUUUUCACAAAGGCUAUUAGGAGGUGGGAUUCCUCUCCUCCACAUUACCUUCCAGAAUAUAUGAAAUUGGCAUAUCGUAUACUUUACGAUGCAAUUAUUGAAAGUGCAGAACAAGCAAAGAAAAUUCAAGGCCGUGACACUCUCCACCUUGUUCAAAAAGCUUGGGUCAGUUAUAUGGAUUCUGUGAUGGAAGAAGCUAAGUGGCUUUCUACUGGAUGCAUACCAACAUUGAAGGAAUAUUUAGAAAAUGCAAAAGAGAGUGUAGCUUUUCGUACAACAACAUUGGAACCUAUAUUAACAUUAGAUGGAAUUCUUCCAGAAAACAUCCUUCAAAAAGUUGAUUAUCCAUCAACAUUCAAUGAUCUCUUGUGUUUGACCCUCAGAUUAAGAGGUGACACUCGAACCUUCAAGGCUGAGGCAGAUCGUGGAGAAGUCACUUCCAGUAUAUCAUGUUACAUGAAAGAUCAUCCAAAUUGUAACGAGGAAGAUGCAUUGAGGCAUAUCAUUUCUAUGUUGGAUAAACAUCUCAAAGAACUCAACAAAGAGUAUUUGAAACAUGAUGAUGUUCCAAUUUGUACUAAGGACACUGCUUUCAACAUCUUAAGAUGUUAUCAUGUUUUCUACAGAGACGGAGAUGGAAUUGGAAAUUCUGGCAAAGAUACAAAGAAUCAUGUAGAAAAAAUCCUUAUUGAACCUAUGGAAUUAUAAUUCCUUUAUGUAUGUACUUUUAUAUGUUUAUCAAUUACACCUCCAAGUGUAAUAGAUAAAUAUAUUUCCUAAUGCACGUUCUAAUUUGUAUUGCCCUUCUUGGACUCAUCCUUAUAAGAGAGUGUCAUAUACACUUUUAGAUU